AUGUCGACCGACACCGAGUCCCAGCUGGCGCCGCUGCUCGCCGAGCACUUUGGCCCAGAGAUCCACGACGACCCCGCCCUGCUGGCCGAGUCGACGUCGCUCUGCCUGCGCUACAACCUCACCCCCGAGGCGCUCUACUACAAGUGGUCCGCACACGCCUUCAACAACAAGCUGCCCACCGACCAGAGAAUGACCCUCGACCACGCCCGCCAGCUCAGAAACACCAUCGCCGCAGAGCACAACCACGCCGCCGUCGCGGCCAACGCAGCCAUCCACGCAAGCACCCCGCUCAAACCCUCGGCGCACGGCAACCUGCACAUCGCAUCGGCCAGGCAGGGCAACGCCGCCCUCAAUCAGAUCCUCGGCCUCGGCUCAAAGGCAGGUGGCGCCGCCGCCAGCCCCUCGGCGGGUCCCCACGCCACCCCCUUCCGCAGGCAGCCACCGACCCACGCGGCCGUCGACAGCCCCUUCAAGACGCCCUCGAGGCCCGCCCACGCCAGCUCCAUGGAUGCCACUCCCACGUCUGCAUCCGCCUACCGCACACAGUCCACCACCGUCAACGACAUCGCCAUGGCCAACGCUUCCACAGAAUUUGACUCGCCGUCUCACCGGCCGCCAUACCCCUCGACGAGCCGCAACACCAACGUCGCAGCCGCCAGCAGCAGCAGCAGCAGCAGCACCUACCGGAUCCUCGAGAGCAUCAACCGCGAGCACGCCCUCGAUGGCAGCGGCUGCCACCUCGUCGCCGGCACCAAGCGUCGCGCCGACCUCGCCGUCGCCACCGACCCGCGCGCCUGGAACUACCGCUACAUGUUUGAGAAAAAGGGCGAGCGCUCCCAGGUGCUCGACGACCGCAUCGACCAGUUUGCCUCGCUGAUGCGCGAGGCCUACCGCUUCGACGACGAAGUCGAGCUCGGCGACCCCUCGAUGCCGUCGCAGGAGCCCAUCUACGUCGUCGGCCGCAUCUGCCCAGGCAUGCUGCCGGCAUCGGCCACGGCCGCCGGUGGCUCGCGCAGCCGGCCCAAGCAGACGACGACGACGACGACGACGACGACGACGACGACGACGGCCUCCGACGUCAACGGGGGGGAAGAGGAGCUGGCAUUCGACGACCCGUCGGGCCUGCCCAAGAUGGCCGAGACGGGCAUCGUGCUCGAGGCGAGCCGGAUGAUGGGCAGCGGCAACCGCGUCCCGAUCUUUAUGCAAAAGGGCUGCCGGGUGCGCUACGGGCCCGAGGAUCCCGGCACCAUGGGCUCGGCCACCACCGUCGGCCUCUUCCCAGGUCAGAUUGUGAUGCUCAAGGGCAUGAACGGCGGCGGCGAGCGCUUCGGCGUCGAAGAGAUCCUGAUGCCGCCGCGGCUCGCGCACCCGGCUGCGCCGGCCGACGAGCUGCAGCAGAACCAGUACGACGCGCGCAAGCUCGACGGCAAGGCGCUCAACGUGGUGACGGCCAGCGGCCCGUUCACCAACGACGGGGACCUCGAGUUUCGGCCGUGGCAUCGCGCCAUGGACGCGAUCGAGGCGGGUGGCCUGCCGAUCGACGAGAUCGACGGUGACGACGAGUCUGGCAUGGCGGACGGCGGCCGGCGGCGGCGAGGGGUGCCAGACGUGCUGAUCCUGCUGGGACCCUUCCUGUCGACAUCGCACCCGGAGCUGCCCUUUUCGGAGCGGCUGCCCGAAGAGCUGUUCCGGGAUCACAUCGCAAGCCGGAUCCAGGGGCUGACGUCGCGCUACCCGGCGCUGCUGGUGGUGCUGAUGCCGUCGACGCUCGACAUCCUCAACACGCACGCGGCCUACCCGCAGCCUGGGUUUGGCUCGCACGAGGGGCUGGGCUUCUCGGCGGCGGACAAGAGGCAGGUCAAGCUGCUGCCCAACCCGUCGGUGUUUUACGUCAACGAGCUGGUGUUUGCCGCCACGACGGCCGACGUGCUGCGGGACCUCAAGAGCGAGGAGCUCGUCUGCCGGAUCGAGGCGUCGCCCAACCUGCCUACUCCGGCAGUGGCGGCGGCGGCGGCGGCGGCGUCGGCGAGCAAGGAUGCGAUGACGCGCCUGAGCCGACACCUGCUCAACCAGCGCAGCUUCUACCCGCUGUUUCCGGCGCCGCUAUCGACGGGCGUGGUGGCGCUCGACGUGUCGCACUCGGAGCUGCUGCAGUUCCCCGCGGCGUCGCCCGACGUGCUGAUCCUGCCGUCGUCGGUCAAGCAGUUUGUGCGGGUGGUGGACUCGACGGUGGUCGUCAACCCGGGCCGGAUGGUGGCGCCCUCGACGGGCGCGGCUGCCUCGUCGGGCGCGAGCCUGGCGUCGCUGCACGUCUCUGCCAUGGAGCGCGGGGAGCUCGAGCGCCGGGUCGAGGAGCAGGACAUUGCCGUCGAGCACCGGGCCUACGAGCGGACGAGGGUGGAUGUGGUGUCGCUGUAG